UCUGCUUCGAUUCUUCUUCUCAUUGAAGCAGACUCGCUUUGGGCAUAACUGUGAGGUAAGCGUCUGACCUGUUGGCUUUCUGAAAAGCUGGCUGUCCUUACGGUAUUACUCACGCUACCCUGCAGGCAUCAGCAAAGACAAGAUCAUGCUGUGCUCCUGCAUCGACACCCCCAUCAUCUCGGGAGAUAUCACGAGCCUCUCCCGAUUCCCACCCGAAGUAAAAAGUCAUAUCUUUGCUUGUCUCAUGGCCGACCUCUGCCAAUCUCACUUCGCAAAACUCAUCCACCUCAGCCGAACCAUCUACCUCCACAAUGUCAGCGCCCUGUACGACGAAGUGAUCCUCAGCGAUGAGAACGUUUACGGGUUCUUCGAAGGGCUAUACGACUUCCGUCCCUACACCCCGGUUAUCCCGAAAAAAUGCGAUAUCAUCACGAGUGCUUCAUACCCUGUCCCGCACAAACUCCGUCUCAUACAAGGUUGCCGCGCCUUCUACAUCGAAUCGGGGAGUACUCUUUCUUGUGUAUUGAACGACAUCAAAAGAGAGUGGCGCGACUCGGCACCUUGGAUGGAUGAGGCGAGACUGGGCCUUGCUCAUGCUUCAUUGCCGACCCUGUCUAUUCGUCCCGAGAUGAGACCUCCCCACAGGCUCUUCGCCGGUACCGAAAAAUUAUCUCUCAGUGCCGCUACCACGUCGAGCAUCUUGGAGGAUGGGGACCUUUGGAUUUCACGGUUCAAUUCGGGGAGCAUAUAUAACGGCUGGUGGGACGACGGCACCUCAAGAUCGUAUCCUCGUAUCACUCUCGACCUCCCCCCCGGCAUAACCUUCCCACCCUCUCCCGAACAUAUGUUACUGUUCAGCUCUCUUUUCCGUGCCAGGUCUGAUAUAUCGAACGUCACUCUACUCAACGUCGAGCUGGGAGAUCGGACAUGGGAUGGAUGGGAGACUGCUGUUCAUCAUUUGGAGUGUGUUCUACCAUCAGGCAGCGACAUGAGCGAGGAAGAGAGGAUAGGAAAAGUGGUAAAGUUCUAUGAGGCGUUCCGUGAUGGUUAUUACGAAGACUAUACCUUUGUUUCCGUCCCACCCCGAUACAUAUCAAUUGAGAAUCUAGCUGGCCUACCCAGACGAGCCACCAAACAUAACCCCUCCUCACCAGCACAACAUACUCCAGUAGAAAGACAAAACCAGUCUAUUAUCGACAGAACGCAUGCUGCUAUCCUCGAUGCCUUCCCUUCUUACGACCGAAAAGACAGUAAUUUCAGACUCGGUCAGAUAAGCCUCGAGCCAGAGUUUAAUCACAGUCCCACCCUUGGUAAAGACGUGAAAAAGAGCAUCAAGUGGUUAGAAACGGAGAGAGAAUUCGUGUCGGAGGCCUAUAUUGAAAAGAAACGACGGCUAGAGCUGAACCCGAUGUUAUGGGCAUGCGAGGAUUACAGUGAGGUCGAAAAGGGGCUUGCAAAGAUUCCGAUGAUGGAAAAGCGAAUGGUAGUGGAGAAGGUGUGUCCGUGGACGAGCGUAUAGACCGAAGAACGCAAGAUGUAUGCCGCUUGUCCUGAGAU